UCCGGGGCUUCCCAGUCUCCUCAGGCUCGUCUCCAGCUGUUAGCAUCGCCGAGACCGUCCCAGAGCUAGUCGAUCCAUCAUGAGGCUCGUUCUGCCCAACCCGGGCCUGGAGGACCGGAUCAUUCCCCUGGAGGAACUCGAGUCCAUCGAGAAGAAGGAGGCGGAAUCGAGGCCAAAAUGGGAUAACAAGAUGCAGUACAUGUUGACCUGCGUGGGCUUUUGCGUGGGAUUGGGAAACGUGUGGCGAUUCCCCUAUCUCUGCCAGAGCCACGGAGGAGGAGCCUUUAUGAUCCCAUUUCUCAUCCUGCUGGUCUUCGAGGGGGUCCCUCUGCUCCACCUGGAGUUUGCCAUCGGGCAGAGGCUGAGGAAAGGGAGCGUUGGUGUCUGGAGUUCAAUCCACCCGACCCUGAAAGGAGUUGGUAUUGCUUCCAUGUGCGUAUCCUUCAUCGUGGGAUUAUACUACAACACUAUCAUCGCCUGGGUUAUGUGGUAUUUCUUCAACUCUUUUCAAGAACCACUGCCUUGGAGUACUUGUCCCCUGAAUGAAAACAGUACAGGUUACGUCGAUGAGUGUGCCAGAAGCUCACCCGUGGAUUAUUUUUGGUAUCGAGAGACUCUAAAUAUUUCCACAUCCAUCAGCGAUUCGGGAAAUAUUCAGUGGUGGAUCCUGCUGUGUCUGACCUGUGCCUGGAGCGUGCUUUACGUCUGUACCAUCCGGGGCAUCGAAACCACGGGAAAGGCGGUUUACAUCACAUCGACUCUUCCUUAUGUGGUGCUGACCAUUUUCCUGAUCCGCGGCUUGACGCUGAAGGGGUCGACCAAUGGGAUUGUGUUUCUCUUCACGCCCAAUAUCGAUGAAUUGACCAAUCCAGUCACGUGGCUGGACGCUGGGGCUCAGGUGUUCUUUUCCUUCUCCCUGGCCUUUGGAGGGCUCAUCUCCUUCUCCAGCUACAAUUCCGUGCAUAACAACUGUGAGCGAGAUGCCGUGAUCGUGUCCAUAAUCAACGGUUUCACGUCGAUUUAUGCCGCGACCGUCGUCUAUUCCAUCAUCGGCUUCCGAGCCACGGAACAAUACGAUGCAUGCUUUAGUCAAAACAUCCUGCUGCUGACAAAUGCAUUUGAUUUGCCUGAGGGUAAUGUCACUCAAGACAACUUUAUAGAAAUGCAGAAAUGGUGCAAUGCGACCAACCCCGCUUUAUUUGCGAGCCUUAACUUUCAGACCUGUGACCUCAAUUCCCUUCUGUCCGAGGGUGUGGAAGGAACUGGAUUGGCCUUUAUUGUCUUCACCGAGGCCAUCACCAAAAUGCCAAUCUCCCCGCUGUGGUCCGUCCUCUUCUUCAUCAUGCUGUUCUGUUUGGGGCUUUCUUCUAUGUUUGGAAAUAUGGAGGGAGUGCUGGUUCCUCUGAUGGAUCUCAAGGUUUUCCCUAAAAAAUGGCCCAAGGAACUCCUGACAGGGCUCAUCUGCCUGGGAACCUACUUGAUCGCGUACAUUUUCACCCUGAGAUCUGGCCAGUACUGGCUAUCUCUCCUUGACGGCUACGCGGCGUCCAUCCCUCUGUUGAUCGUGGCGUUCUGUGAAAUGUUUUCGGUGGUCUACAUCUACGGAGUCGACAGGUUUAAUAAGGACAUUGAAUUUAUGAUUGGUCACAAGCCCAAUCUCUUCUGGCAAGUGACAUGGAGAGUGGUCAGUCCUGUCAUCAUGUUAGUGAUCUUCUUGUUCUUCUUUGUGGUACAAGUCAAUGAAGAACUCCGGUACCUGAUCUGGGACCCCAACUAUGAGGAAUUCCCCAAGUCAGAGAGCGUCCUCUACCCUAACUGGGUGUAUGCCGUCAUUGUCAUUGUGGCUGGGAUCCCAUGUCUGUCCAUCCCCGGCUUCGCCAUCUACAAAGCCAUCAGGAAUCACUUCCAGAAACAGGACGAUCGGGGAGAGCUCUUCGCGACUUCGUCUUUCCCCUCCGUGAACGGAGAUCUGAAGAAUUAGGCUCAGACCUGGGCUUUGGGCCGGUGGGAUCGGGACCUUAAUUGGAAGACGAAAAGGAAUAAAACUAAAUCCACAACCCGGCAGGACCCUGGAACACCAAGGGCUGGGGCGGGACACUGAGGCCCUGAUGGAGACUUCCUCUCGGUGGAGUGCACGGUCUAACUAGCUGGACCCGGAAAAUAAGGGCCACUCCAUUACUUGCCAAGGCUUACUAUGGUUGGACGGCUCCAUGGCUGCUCUUAAAUCACAUGGUCACCGAUUAAAAGAGUGAUCCGCUGAGGUCCCUCGCAGAGUCUGCUGUGUUUGAUUUUCUGGUGGACCGCUGGACAGAUGUGGUCCAUGUGAAACAUCCUUGUUCUUCAAAAUGUCUCCUUCUCCAAGGGCUUCUCUUUCCCCUCCAGCCUCCCUGCUUCCCCUGGUUCCUAGCUGAAGAGCGUAGGAUCCUUGUUUAUGGAAAGAACAGUCUUUAGCGCAGAAAUAUUCCUUGCCAUAGAAUCUCCAUUCGCCCUCCUGGCAUGAAUUCCUAUUGGGAAUCUCCCUCCACCCAAAUAAUAACCCUCCCCCGCAUACUCCAGGGAGAUCCUUCUCUGGCUGUCAGUCAGCCAGAAAUAGCAGACAAGGAAGAAAUAACAGAGCUAUUUGAGAAGAUGGAAGGAAAUCUGAUUCCCGGGCAGAGAGGCAAGCAAAGAGACCCUGGCUCACCCCCUUCCUCUUCCCUUCCUGCCUUUAAUCUCCAGAUGCUUCAUCCAGCUGGUUAUGGAAGUUCCCAAAUAUUUUCACGGGAAAAAGUUGUCCCACCUCCCCUGCCUCCUUGGAAGCCCUACAGGCUCCAGGAUCCAACUUGGGUGACCUCAGGCUCCCUCCGCUCUCAAAGGAAAAUGAUAGGAUUCGAUGAAAUGGGAUUUCCCGUCCCCUACAUUUAAUUCAAAUCUACUCUGUGGGAGUCUCAGAUGCCUCAGGAGUACCCCAGAAAAGUCAUCCAAAGAAUUUUCAAAGAGAUGGUCCUCUCCCUUCCUCACCGUGAGUAAUAGUAAUAAUAGCAGUAGUAAUUAUAACAGUUGUGCUAGUAAUAGUUAGCAUCAAUCAGUUCAGUAAGUGCUUUAUUUAUUGAGUGCUUGCACUGUGCAGAACACUGUAGUUAGAGUAAUGGUAAUGUCGAAACAGUGGCAUUUAUUGGGCACCUACUCGGUGCACUGGGCUGUACUGGAUGCUUGGAAGGCCCAGCAUAGCAAAGUGACAUGUUCCCUGAUGACAGGAAACUUUCACUCUCACCGUGGAGACAAACCUAACAAUCUUUAUAAUAAGAAGGGUCAAAGAUAAGUAACUGAGCACUGUAAGUAAGCUUCUUCUGUGGGUCUAUAAUAAGAUUCUGGGGCUAGAGUUUUUCUCCAGAGAAAUAUUGCUUCCUUAAAGGAUAGCUAAGGGGGAGAGAGAGGGGAAGGAAAGGUAAUUCUUUAAAUUCAGUCUAUCUCGGGUCACUGGUAUUUCAUACAGAGGAGCAAGAACAGCCUAACAAGAACUGAGACCUUGAAAUGCUUGACAUUUUUUUUCCAAUGUUCCUAAGUUUCUUUACAAUCCAGUGGGUGAAUAAAUGCUAGCCGCUCUUAA